GAGGACGUACGACGAGGAGGGCAAUGGGGAUGGGCAGCGACGCCGCCGCGCUGUUCCCCUUCUCCACCAGCACCACCGCCACGUCGCCGCGGCUCUGCGGCGCCACCGCCGUCAGCCACAGGAGGAUAUUCUCAGACGUCGCUGAGGACGUGACGGUGUCGGUGGACGGCCAGUCGUUCCUGCUGCACAAGUUCCCUCUGGUGUCCCGGUGCGGGCGGAUACGCAAGAUGUUGGCGGACUCCUCCAGCUCCAACAGCAAGGACGCAGACGGCCACCAGAAGCUGGAGCUGGCGAACGUGCCGGGGGGAGCCUACGCGUUCGAGCUGGCCGCCAAGUUCUGCUACGGCACAAACUUCGAGAUAACCGCGGCGAACGUGGCGCAGCUGCGGUGCGUGGCGGAGUACCUGGAGAUGACGGAGGACCAGCACGCGGACAACCUGGUGGCGCGGGCGGAGGCGUACCUGGCCGAGGUGGCGCUGCGGAGCCUGGACGGGGCGCUGGAGGUGCUGCGCAGGUGCGACGACGGCGGGCCCGUGGCGGAGCAGGUCGGGCUGGUGGCCCGCUGCGUCGACGCCGUCGCCGCCAGCGCGGGCAAGGAGCAGCUGGUCUCCGGCCUGGCGGCGCACCUGGAGACGUGCGACUGCGCCGCCGCCGCGCGCUGCCGGGAGGACUGGUGGGUGGAGGACCUCUCCUUGCUCCGGAUCGACCACUACCGCCGCGUCAUCGCCGCGAUGCGGCGGAGCGGGGUCCGGCCGGAGACCAUCGGCGCGUCCGUGGCGCACUACGCGCAGACGUGGCUCAAGGGCGUGGACGUGGAGCAGCGGCGGCGCCAGCGCGCCUGCUGGGACGGAUCGGGCCCGUUCGUCGGCGACGGCCAGCGGAUGGUCGUCGAGACGCUCGUCGACGUGCUUGCCACGGAGAACGUCGCGGCCGUCACGCUCUCCUUCCUGUUCGGCAUGCUGCGGGUCGCCGUCGAGGUCGACGCCAGCCUCGACUGCCGGAUCGAGCUCGAGCGCCGGGUCGGGAUGCGCCUGGAGAUGGCGGCGCUCGACGACCUGCUCGUCCCCGCCGCGCAGACCAGCGACUCCAUGUUCGACGUCGACACCGUCCACCGCAUACUGCUCAGCUUCUUGCAGAGGAUUGAUGAGGAUAGCUCGGGGGACCUGUCGUCUCCCCCCUGCGGGUACGACUCCGACGGCCUCAAGUCUCCCAGCCACGGAUCGGUGCUCAAGGUCGGGAGGCUCAUGGACGGCUAUCUCGCGGAGGUGGCGCCGGAUCCGUAUCUCAAGCUGCAGAAGUUCAUGGCCCUUAUUGAGCUGCUCCCGGAUUAUGCGCGCAUUGUUGAUGAUGGCCUCUAUCGCGCCAUCGACAUAUACCUCAAGGCGCAUCCAUCUCUGACGGAGUCGGAGUGCAAGCGGCUGUGCAAGCUGAUCGACUGCCAGAAGCUGUCGCAGGACGCGUCGAGCCACGCGGCGCAGAACGACCGGCUGCCGAUCCAGAUGGUGGUGCGCGUGCUCUACUUCGAGCAGCUCCGCCUCAAGUCGUCCUUCUCGGGCGGCGGGUCCGGGUGCGUCGGCUUGGGCGGCGCCGACGGGUCCUUCUCGCAGCGGUUCGUGUGCAGCAGCAGCGGCGUGCCGAGCUCGUGCGUGUCCCCGCAGCGGGACAACUACGCGUCGCUGCGGCGGGAGAACCGGGAGCUGAAGCUGGAGAUCUCGCGGAUGCGGGUGCGGCUGACGGAGCUGGAGCGGGAGCAGGGGCUGAUGAAGCAGCAGGGGAGGAUGCGCGGCGGGGACGGCGGUGGCGGCGGCGGGCGGGGCGGUGGCGGCGAGCACGGCCGCGCCUUCCUUGCGUCGCUGUCGAGGGGCAUCGGCCGCAUCACCAUGUUCGGCGGCGGGCCUGCGGCGGCCGACAGGCGGCGCAAGAAGAGCGGCGGCCGGAGCUCCCAGUGCUCCGACGGCAAGGCCCGCAGGCGGCAGAAGGCGUCCUUCGCCUAUGACUGAAGCUUCGCUGCUGGCGUCGACAAUGGAGGCGCGGCAGGCGGCGAUCGUGGAUGGAUGCGGUCUCAGCGUCUGGAGGAUCGGUCGGAGCUAAAGCAGGGACGGUGGCUGCUGACAGCUGAGUGGGUGACGAUGAUCAAGAAUUCAAGACUGCGGUUUUAGCUGUUGGUGAUGGCAGUCCGUCGCUCAGACGAACAAACAACAGGGAGGAAUGGAACGGAUCAGGAGGAGUUUAUUGCAGGAAAUGCUACAGGCUAGCGAGAGAUUUUUUAGCAUGCAGGAACGACGCAGGAUCAGUAAAGUAGUGUAGCAAACUGUUUUAGCCUGAACUCUGAAUGCCUGCUUUCACUGGAUUGCAUUUGCAUAAUGCAUCCAUGCAUCGCAGUAUCGCACAGCUUUAACGCGCGAAAACGGAAACUAGCGUUACGAC